AUGUCCAACACAGUCCUCGUAGUCGAAGAUGAGCCCAACCUCCUGAUGGCGUUGAAGUACACCCUGGAGCAGGAAGGGUACGACACCCUGACUGCUGUCGACGGUGAGUCCGGGCUGAGAAUCGCGCAGUCGAGGAGCCCAGAUCUGGUGAUACUCGACGUUAUGCUGCCCAGCCUGGACGGGUUCGAGGUGUGCCGUAUCCUACGCCGGCAGUCGAACAUCCCGAUACUGAUGCUGACCGCACGCGGGGAGGAAGUGGACCGCGUCGUCGGUCUCGAGCUGGGCGCGGACGACUACGUGACCAAGCCGUUCAACAUGAGAGAGCUACUUGCGAGAGUCCGCAACAUGCUGCGGAGGUCUUCUACUCCAGCCCUGGAGAGUUCGCCAGGGGACGAUGAGGUCAUCAGGUCAGGUAACCUCAAGAUCGAUCUGGCCAGUCACUCAAUCACCCUCGAUGAUGAGGAUCUCGCGGUGAAGCCGCGAGAGUUUUCGCUAAUAUCGCUGCUCGCCGCAAACAGAGGGCGUGCAUUUACAAGGGACCAGAUCCUAGAACGGCUGUGGGGGCACGAUUACAUCGGAGACUCCCGCACGGUCGAUGUUCACAUACGCUGGCUUCGAGAGAAGAUCGAACCAGAGCCUUCGCAGCCCCGACGAAUAGUGACGAUUCGUGGCGUUGGCUACCGAUUCGACGGAUGA